CUUCCGUUUAUCGCCGUUCCUUCUCUAUAAUUUACAGCGGCAGUUGACAGGCCAUGUCCAGAAGCCAUGGGCUGUAUUCUCGCCAAGAAGACACAAUCCUUGGAAAAUGGUAUCAAAGUAUACGAACUUUACACGACGAUCGACCGCACGCCGACUGUCAUCGAUGAGUAUUCACCGACGGUGCUGAAAUACAGAACGCCACAUUUCCGCGCCUCGGCGAAAGUGCGUUUUCCACCUAUCUGGGGCAGCGAGGUGUGGCAAGUGGGCUGGGUACAGGUGUGUACCGAUAUGAACUUCAUCAACACCUACGGGGAAUACGGAUAUGCAAGCUGGGAAAUCCCCGUUCUUAAAUACAAGACCAGUUUAAACAGCACAACUUGUAUCAGCGACUCCGAUGGCAGGAGUUAUCCAUGGUACGGGGCUACAUCGGAAGUGGCGACAAUAGAAGGUCCGACAUCUGGAUAUUCGAACUUAUAUUUACGUAUGAACGACAACUUCCACCCUACCAUUACGUGGGAUAUUCCAGUGAGUGGCUCGACGCACGCCAAGUUGACUAACGUCACGCGCGAUCAAAGCUUUACUGUGUGGCUUUUAGCCUUUAAUCGCACGACGGGGAAGAAGAUCGUGCUGAAAACAAUUCGAUGGCGAAUGCAGCUGGAAAUCGCGGUGGACCCUAAAAAGCCACUGAAAGAGCGCACGCGGUUAGCGAGUCGCGUCGAACAGCAUCGUCCCGAGGUGUUAAAACUGGAUGAGAACGUCCCAGACGCUGCGUUUCAUGGCCCAAACGCUAACGAAGCGCAGAUGCUCGCCUGGUACCCAAAAGACGACGCCAACCCAGUGAUGAUUGUGCCACCGAAGCAUAAGAUGAAAAUGGGUAAUUAG